CAAAAGUUUGAGCUAAACAAUUUUAUCAAUACAGCGAACGACGCUUCUGCGAUCUGCAAUUCCGCCCCAGGAAAACAUACGUACGCUUCAUUGUCUGAUGCUCAACUGUACAAGUAGUGCAACGUUGCGGUACUAUGGCCGAGUUGUGUAAUCUCUUGGCAUGCCGGCUGUGCUUGCAGAAGCAGUUUCAGCUACUACCAAUGUUCCCGGCCAACGAACCCGUGAAUGAUGAGCUGCUGCGGAAAAUAUACGAAUGUGCUGCGGUGCGAAUAUCCUACGAGUACGAUCAAAGUUCCGUCAUCUGCAUCAAGUGUAUCGUGGACGUCGAACAGUUCUACGCCUUCAAGCAGCGGUGCGUGGAAAAUGAUUUGCUGUUUCAGAAAGUGCGCCUAGACUGUAGCGAGAAAGGUGUGGACGAGUGCGAAUUUGACAAUGUCGGCUUACCGGAGGCCGAAUUUAUGGAACCAAUCACUAAUCUGGAAAGUCCACAUCAGUAUGAUGCCACCAAACCGAUAGAAAGUUUCAUUGGGCCAUCGAAGAUAGUGCAAGUCGGUUACAAUUACCGUGUCGUACGUGUAAACGACGAGGCAGACGUGCUAGUUUAUCACAAGCACAGGUAUUAUCAACCAACCAAAGCCACCGAAUGGAACCGGUGGGUUUGUGUGGCAAAUGGUUCCAACAGCUGCACGGCUAGACUGACCAUCUCUUCUAACGAGGGCUUUCCAGUAGCUCUGUUCACUAAACCCAUCAGACAUAAUCAUCCCGAUACGAUCGUACAAGCGAUAGGUUCGGCCGAAUCUGCUCAAGAGGAAACAGUGCAAAUAUUACCCCAAUGUACCCUUGCCCUGGACCGUAAUCAACGACUGCAGCUGUUUGCCGAAGGGUACCGUUACCGAUUGCGGCAAGCUAUGUAUGGCGUGGGGAAAAGUUUAUGGACCUGCGUUCGAUCCGAUUGUUCAGCCUGCAUUGAGCUGUCGUACGAAGAUAGUCAUACAUGUGCGACAAGCGAUCGAACACAUUGCCAUGAAGCGGAAGAAGAAAAUGUUCCACCCGCUUCGAAUCCAAACACGGAACUUAUGGCUCAAAAGCAACCAAAGCAUACGCGUGGGAAUAACGGUCUUAACUAUCAUAUAACCGAUGGUGUACUAGUGUACAGUGGCAACUAUUACAAGCCACAUAAACAUGCUUCAAAAAACAAAAAAGGAGAUUCCGCGAACAAGGUGUGGAAAUGUAUCGUAACUAAUUGUGCCGCCAAAGUAGAGUUGUGUGUAAAAUAUGUAGCAAAGAUUACCAGCGAUCAUAAUCACGAAAAGCAGAUUACGAAAAACACUAAUGCGAUAUCGAAACACACCAUACAGCAGGGUGUUAACUAUCGUCUAAUUGUAGAGGAACAUGGACAUAUUCGCUUGCAGCAUCGUAAGGAAAAGUACACCUUCCAACAACUACUCCCAAAUGGCAUCUCGGAAUGGGCUUGCAUCUGGAAGAGUUUAGGUUGUGGGACGACGCUAAGAAUGCUUGCCGACGAACAGAUUGUCUAUAGCACGAGUUCCGGGAGCAGCAUCAAACACAAUCAUCGGGUAGGGAACGUAGUUGAACAAUACUUCCCCACCCAUGCUCAAUCGCAACCGAAUGACAUUAAUUUAUGGAGCACACCGACGUAUGAACUUCUGUGGAACUGCAACAGUAAACCGAUCAUCCACCGACAGCAUGAUCGAUACUAUGGACGAACAGCGUUCACAAAUGGAACGAUCGAAUGGCACUGUGUUCGGGGUAUCAGCACCCACUGUGAAGCGACCAUCACGAUCGAUAAGUCUGGUAAUAUUAUCGCUGACCACUCGACUCACGAUCACGCGAAAAGCCGAAAAAAUGGCCUAAAAGUACGAUCGUUCGCACAAAAUCAUACUACGCGCGAUAUUUUUAAUAGUCCCGGUCCGGUACGCUUAUUGGCGGGAGGCUUCAACUACCGCCGUAUGCACGACGAUCAGCUCAACAUCGAUAUCGUGGUGCACGUUGCCCAUAAGUACUUAUCCGAUGGUACGGAAACGAAAGCCUACCAUUGUAUAUUGCGGGAUGAACCGCAAGCCUGUCCCGGUAAGAUCGUGCUCACCAACAAUGCGCUCUGUGCUGAGAUAUUGGCGGCACAUAACCAUCUGGCUCGCACAGUGCCAAAGACGGUAGAACCGGAACGGUCCGCUCAGGUAAUCGUGGAAGGACCGAACUAUGAACUGAUGUAUGCGAUGAUCGGACGCAACUGUUUGCUGCUACACGAAGGGCACGUGUUCAGGUUGUACAAGCUGCUGGAACCGUCACAAACAUCCCGGUGGCGUUGCAUACACGCCGAAGUCGGAUGCAAAGCAUUUUUGAGUGUGCCACUAUCGCUGACCAAGCCGGCAACCAUGGAUUCGCAGUCGCACGAUCAUUCGAGGGUAAAGCAUGACACUGCUGCCGGUUCGGUGGUAAAGGUGAAACAGGAAAUCAUCGAAGAGCCCGAUGAGGUACCGCAGCGGAAUAGCUACGAAGAAUCGCCUCGAUUACGGCCGCGUGUACGGGAAGCGAUAGAUGCGGAAGAUGUGAAACGGUCCCUAGCGCUGAUCAAUCCAACCACAUCAGACUCCAAUCCGCUGGCUAUUUUGCACGACAUUCGCGGCACACUGAUAAAGGAGGAGAUGAAGCGCGAAAUGUUGCAAAUUAAGCCCGAUCCCGAUGCGAUGAUCAGUUUCCUGAAUGGUCAUCUUUACGUGCGCCAGUUUGAGGAUCUGGAAACGCUCGAUUCACCCGAAUGGAUGUGUGCAUUCCGCUGGACGUUGAGCUGCAGCGCCCGGUUAAGUGAUCUCUCUGUCCACACGCACGAGCGGUUUGCCUCGGUGCGUACGAACGAUCGGUUCAACAUGCUAAAAAAGCUGAUCUCACAAGGGUUGAUUGCUCAGCGAGGUGUAAUCACACAGAUGCCCGAACGUCAGAAGGUAUCCGAGUACGAGCUGCUACCAAGCAACGGGAACCUUUCGUUAACAAUCGACGAGAACCGGUAUUACUUUUACAAGGCAAAGAACAACGGUGAAUGGUUGUGGCGUUGCGUGCGGUAUCGCUGGCAAGGGUGUAAGAUCGGUGUGGCCGUUUCGCAUUGCUUCGGGAAGUAUUACUACCAACCGUACGGCAAAACCGAACACGUACAUUCCUCCUAAAGCGCAACCGAACUCUUCGCCAUCGGACCAUUAUCAUUAGCUAAACGUUUUGCUAGUUUAUGAUGUCCUUUCCAAAACGUAAAACUUUGAAUGAUUUCUUAGACUUCUGUUGGUUUUUAAACAUGAUAGCUUGUUUCUUAGCUGCUAUUACCGUUUCGUUUUAAGCUACGGCCAACUAAUAGAGUAAUGAGCUUAUGCUGGUAAGAAGACGAUAGUCCUGUGGCGCAGUGCGAUCAGUCUGCAAAUAGAGAGUCAGUCACGUGACAUGUAACAAGUCUAGUAAGCCUAGUAAGUCGAGUCAGCCCGGGCAUUAAGUGAUUGUAUGGAUAAAUUAUACAACAUUAGUGCAAAUUGCGUUACAAAAUAAAUGUGCGAUAAAUUUAGUUUAAAAA